CGCGGCGGCUGGUGCGCAUGCGCCCUCGGGCGGCGGGGCCCGGCCGGCAUGGCGGGGCUGCUGGAGCACGAGAGCCAGGUCUUCCUGGACCUCUUCCACCAGGACGGGCUGGCGGUCUGCGCCCGCGGGCUCGGCAUCGACCGCCUGCUGCUGCGCUUCCUCCGCCUCUACUGCGAGCCUGCCAGCCUGGUGCUGGUGCUGAACACCAGCCCCGCCGAGGAGGAGUAUUUUAUUGAUCAGCUGAGGUCAGAUGGAGUUGUUCAUCUUCCUCGGCGUGUUACCAAUGAAAUUGCAAAUAAUACUCGAUACGAAUUUUACACACAAGGAGGAGUCGUCUUUGCAACAAGUCGAAUCCUUGUGGUUGAUUUCCUCACUGACAGGAUUCCUGCAAACCUCAUUACUGGCAUUUUGGUAUACAAAGCACACAGAAUCAUCGAGUCCUGUCAGGAAGCGUUUAUCUUGCGCCUGUAUCGCCAGAAGAACAAGCAAGGCUUCAUCAAGGCUUUUACAGAUAAUGCAGUUGCAUUUAACACUGGCUUUUGCCAGGUGGAAAGAGUGAUGAGAAAUCUUUUUGUCAAGAAACUUUAUCUGUGGCCCAGAUUUCAUAUAGCAGUGAACUCAUUUUUAGAGAAGCAUAAACCUGAAGUGGUGGAAAUACAUGUGUCAAUGACCCCUGCUAUGCUUGCUAUCCAGACUUCAGUCCUGGACAUUUUGAAUGCUUGUCUGAGAGAACUCAAACGUUAUAAUCCAGCUCUUGAAGUAGAAGAUCUAUCUUUAGAAAAUGCUAUUGGUAAACCUUUUGACAAGACAAUACGUCACUAUUUAGAUCCUCUCUGGCAUCAGCUUGGAGCUAAGACAAAAUCCUUGGUCCAGGAUUUGAAGAUACUACGUACUUUGCUGCUGUAUUUAACUCAGUAUGAUUGUGUCACUUUCCUGAAUCUUCUGGAGUCACUGAAAGCAAGCGAAAAAGCUUUUGGUGAGAAUUCAGGUUGGCUGUUCCUUGACUCCAGUACUUCAAUGUUUGUAAAUGCUCGAGCUAGAGUUUAUCGCAUUGCAGAUGAGAAACUGAAUCAGAACGGCAAAGUCUCUGAAAAAAGUGAUGUAAAGAAGGAAAAUGAACUGAAAAGGGAAUUAGUUCUAGAAAGUAACCCAAAAUGGGAGGCUUUGAGAGAAGUGCUGAAAGAGAUUGAAAACGAGAAUAAGAACAGUGAAGACCUUGGUGGUCCAGGGCAAGUGCUUAUUUGUGCCAGCGAUGACCGAGUUUGUGCACAGCUCAGGGAGUACAUUAUUGCUGGAGCAGAAGCUUUUUUAACAAGACUGUAUAACAAGACUUUUGGAAAAGAUGAGAAAGCUGCAGAAGUGUGGAUUAAGGACAGAAAAGCUGUCAAGUCCAAAGGAAAUGCCAGACCAGCUACGGGCCCUCAAGCCAAAAAACCCAAACUCAUGACUUCUUCAAAACAAAAUAAACACAAGAAGCAGCAAGACCGGACUAUAACCCAAAUGAUGGGGAAAACUGAGGAGGAAAAGAGAGAGGAGUUAGAGGUGGAAGAUAACAAAGAAUUAAGUAGUAGCCAAGAAGGCAGUAUUGAAGAGAUCAUUGCUGAAGAUUUCCAUGUGAACUUACCCUCAGAUUGUUACUAUGGUAUUUUCAAGAACCCGCUCACCAUUAUUCAUCCACUGCAAGGGUGCAAUGAUCCCUAUGCACUCACUCGGGUGCUGCAUGAACUGGAACCAAGAUAUGUUGUCUUAUAUGAUGCAGAACUAACUUUUGUCCGGCAGCUGGAAAUCUACAAGGCAAGCAGGCCUGGGAAGCCUUUGAGGGUCUAUUUCCUCAUAUAUGGGGGCUCCACGGAAGAGCAGCGCUACCUCACUGCUCUGAGAAAAGAGAAGGAGGCCUUCGAAAAACUCAUUCGAGAGAAGGCUGGCAUGGUUGUUCCUGAAGAAAGAGAAGGAAGAGAUGAAACAAACUUACAACUAGUAAGAGGUGCUAAAUCUGCCUCUGCUUCUACUGACACACGCAAAGCAGGUGGACAGGAAGAGAAGACUGUUCAGCAAACUGUAAUAGUGGAUAUGCGGGAGUUUCGUAGUGAGCUUCCAUCACUGAUUCAUCGUCGUGGUAUUGACAUUGAGCCUGUUACUUUGGAAGUUGGAGAUUAUAUUUUAACUCCUGACAUCUGUGUAGAGCGGAAAAGUAUCAGUGACCUGAUAGGUUCCUUAAACAAUGGAAGACUGUACUCACAGUGCAUUUCUAUGUCCCGUUACUAUAAGCGACCAAUUCUCCUGAUUGAAUUUGAUCCUAACAAACCUUUCUCCUUGAUUCCACGAGGCUCUCUACAUCAGGAAAUUUCCAGUAAUGAUAUUACUUCUAAACUAACCCUUCUUACUCUGCAUUUCCCAAAGUUACGUAUCCUGUGGUGUCCUUCUCCCCAUGCUACUGCUGAACUGUUUGAAGAGUUAAAACAAAACUAUCCCCAGCCUGAUGCAGAAACAGCAAUGGCUGUCACAGCAGAUUCUGAAAUUCUUCCUGAGUCAGACAAGUACAACCCUGGUCCUCAGGACUUUCUACUAAAAAUGCCAGGUAUCAAUGCCAAAAACUGUCGUGCCUUAAUGAACCACGUUAAAAGCAUAGCAGAGCUAGUGACACUGUCAAAGGAUGAACUCUCCAAAAUUUUGGGUAAUGCUGCCAAUGCCACACAACUCUUUGACUUUAUUCACCUGACCUAUGGAGAUGCAAUAUCGAAAGGAAAAAGCAAAAGAUGACUAAUGAGAUUUUUUGAUUUAGGGCAUGGACAAGCUUUUCUUGCACAGCACUUUGGCAAAGUACAUUAAAUACUUUAAUAAAUGCCCUCUAAGGUAACAGCUGUUUCUUGCUAAUGCUGUUCUAUCCAGCCAGUUAAAACUAGCCAGUGUUAUAAUUUGAGUUAAUUAUUACUGAAGGCAAGUUUCAUGAGGAAAAAAAAAUGUUUUUAAUAAAACCAAAUUAUUUUUAUUCUUCCUGCAGCACUUUAACCAAUUCUGUAUCACUGAAUUACCUAAAUGAAGUUCUUCACCAACUCCAUAAGAAUGAAGUGCUAAGACUAAUUGAUAAAGAUGUUCUCUUUUGAAAAUUAUGUCUUGUUAAAGCUAAAAAUUACUGUGUUUUGAUUAGUAUGUGUGAACUGCUGCAUAAUAUAUCAUUUUGCUAAUGCCAUUUUUAUUAAUGUCUUACACUCUGGAAACUGCCAAUUUUCCAUUGAUAGUGAUGGAACCAUUUGAAAUACAUCGUGGUCUUUUGUCAGGAGUUCAUUUAGAACAUACUUGGACUCAUUAAUGAAUUUGAGAACAUUAUCAUAAGCCUUAGUUGCAGUGAACUACAGUUGUAAGGUAUGUUCUACAUUCUAUUUGCUUACUUCACUAGAAGUUACACUCCUUUUUGACAUUUCAGAGAUAGCACAUGUCUGUCUUAUUAGGUCUUGCAAAGUGCAUUCCUCUGGACUAGACUGGAUAGAGGUUCAGUAGUGGCACAAUACAAUUUAAUACUCAGCGUGCAUAUACUUUUAAGAUGCUUUGUUUUUUUUAAUCAGUUUUGAUAGCUCUUUCACCUUCUUCACUUGAAAGUGAAAAAUUGAUACAACAUUGGGACUAUUCCUCUACACCAGAGCGUAUCUCCUCUUAUAAAAUGCAAUAGUUUUCUAAGUACGGUUUUUCAAAAGUGUUGACAUUUUUUCCAGCUUUGUCCUUUCUGUGUGUCCUAUUGCACUUGCAUUUUCAUGUCUUAAAUAGACCAUCCGUCAAUAAAUUCAGUAAAGCUAUUGUCACCUGGAAGAUAAAACUUUGAGCGUUCUGUCUAAGACAAAAUGGGGAAAAGUUACUCUUUUAUGUAAGUUUGUGAAUGUGUAUAUUGUUAAAAACAUACAUUCUGCACUCAACGUUGACAACUGUGUAACAACUUGGCAUUGCCAAAAGGGUUUGGUGCUGUAGCAUUACAUGCUAAUGUAUUUACAUUAGCUAUUUACAAAAUAUCUCUAAAAGAUUGGCACAUAUGUAUUUAUAUUAUUAUAAUGCUAACAACAGAUAAUAAAAUAUCCAUCAUUAUAGGAGAAAAUACUGAUUUUUUUUUUCUGUACUCAGGUUGAGUAAAAACUCCACUAUGCACUUUCAGGUUUAAUGUUUACUCUGCAUUUUAAGUGUGAAUUACGAAUUUCUUAACUUACAGUCUAGGACUGAGCUGUGACAUAUUUCCAAAGUGAACCUUUUGCUGAAGAUGCAAAUUGCAGUAUUAAAUGCAUCCAUAACAAGAAUACAAUUUUUUAAUUACCUUGUUUCUCAUUGGGCUGUAUUGAUAGCAGAACAUUUUUAUUUUUAGUGUGUGGAUUAUAAUCCAGAUCUUAGGGUUUCUAUUGUCCUAUAUUCUAAUUUAUUUCAUUUAAUAUAACAAGAAGUCUUUCCAUGAGACUUUUGCGUAUUCAAAGGUUCAGGGCUGGGGAUGCCUGUAAAGUGAUGCUAAUAGAACAAAAAAUCAGAAUAAGAACAUGAAUGCCCAGAACACAUGGCCUGUAGAGCCUGGCUCAGAAACAGAGAGCUGAACAGCCCUUGAAAACGUUGUUCAUGCAUUUGCAUCCUGAAAAUGUUAUAUGAAUUGUUUCUUUCCUUUUCAGAUGUUCCACAUCUUGGCUUUGUCAGUCCUUUUUUUGUUUAGAUUUAUGUAAGGGGGAAAAAAAGGGUAUAUGAAGAGGUUAUAAAAGUGUAGUUUUGUGUUGUACGCUAGAUCAAAGUCAUGUCAUGCAAAUAAAUAGUUAAUACUUGAUAAAUAUUUAUAUUAAAUUGCCUUUUGUUUAUACAUGU